AUGUCUACUAACGAGAAACGCGAUCUUGCCCCGGAUAACCACCUCCUCGCCGAGAUAUUCCCCAAUACUAAAACAAUUUCAACUGAAAUACUCUCUCAGAACUUCGUUUGUUGCACCUUUACUGCCCGCCUGGAGUCCGGAGAGGAAUUCAUCGUCCGUAUUGAACCUGAAGAUAGCCAGACCCGUGCAGUGUCUGCCAUACAAGAGCUCGCGGCCCAGGUAAUCCCAGACUACGUCCCUACAGUCCAUAAAACAGGAACGGCAUCAGACAAAGACGGAAGGAAGUUUGACUACUCAGUAACCACAUAUUUUAAAGGUGCCGUCACGCUGGAGAGUGUCUGGAGUGAUUUCACAGACGAUCAGCAGUUGCACGUUGCAGCGCAGGUUGCAUCUGUCGUUGAAAAGCUCCACAGUAUCAAUUUGGAUGGAAAGGCGCAGCAGUUUGGCAAGCCGGAAGAUAAAACUCCAUCUAUCCCACUUGGUGGCCCUUCGUUGGGAUUCUUCUCCAAUCUGUCCGAUCUGGUGUGUGGUCUCGUCAAAGCCGAAGAUGGGUUCAAACAGGUCACCAUCACUGAAACAGACGGGAACCUGGCAUUUGAGUGUGAAUAUGACGAUAUACCAUCUGUAUCCAUAUUUAAGGAGGACAUCCUCUCCUUGAAGAAGGAUAUUGUUCUCUGUCACAACGAUCUCGAGCCUCGAAAUAUCCUCGUCCGACAGGAUAACACAGACCACUACAAGAUCGUCGCGAUAAUCGACUGGGAAAUGGCAGGUUUCUUCCCUUUUACAUUCGAAUCCUUUUACAAAGACCUUGUCCUGGGGAGCUCCAAUCUGUAUUUCCCCUGGUACCGACUGUUCAAAGACCAGACAGCGCGGCUUCUCCCUAAACCAUUGCCAGCGGCCCAGGAAGCACUGCUUAAGACGUUGGAUAUGGUUCUUCAAGCAAACGCAAGGCCGCCAACUAGGAAUGUUGGGAGGUUUGUGCAGCGUAAAUGGAUUGCGAGAGAGCAGUUGGUGCGCAGUGAGGAUCUCUCGCUGGGAUGGGUGAGGAGCCCUGAAGCUGGUGAUGUUGGGAGGUUCACGAAGGAGGAUAAUGAGCAGUUGGAGUUGAGUGCUCUUAGGGAGUUGGGAUAUAUCAACUAG